GUGUGUCACACAUGCGCACGGAGCUAACGGGACAUCCGAGGGGAAGAUGCGGACCCGGAGGCUGGAGGUGGCGGCGGUGCUGGCUCCGCUGGCCCUGCUGGCGUCGGUGUCGCGGGCGGAGGUGAUCGAUGACCUCCUCAGCAGUCUGUCCAGAGGCGCCUCCUUCCUGGAGCGGCAGCACGCGCACAUCAACCUGGACGGAGUGGUGGGAUUCAUCAUGCUGCAGGCUGAGCUGAAGGAAGCGGUUCGGACGUGGCCUCACACUGAUCCCAUCAGCUGGGCCCAGAGAACCUCUGCUGUGGCUCUGCUCAAAUGGCUCGACCAAAGUUCUGCCAAAGCUGUUGCUGCUCUGCAGGAGAAUGACCCAGCGUACUUCAGAGAGUUUGAGCCCCUGCUGUUGUGGAAGUUCUGGAGAAUUCCUCAAGAGUGGAGCUCCACAGAUCCUAGUUUGGUUUACCCGUCCACCAUGACCACUGAGUGUUACGACGAGCAGCUCAGUGAUAACUGCCUGACCCUACUGCUGGGCACCUGGAAGAUGAACGGAACGCCAUGUAUCGUCACUAAGCCCUGCAGGGACACUAUGACUCGUUUCGGGUGUCCACACUACUCGCUGUCACACCAGCUGCUCUACUUCAUGAUCGGCAAAAUGAAAGGCUGCUCGGACCUGCUAAAGGGUGACACGCGGGAGUCGCGGCUCAACAUGACGGAGCGCAGCUAUCAGAAGAUCUUCUGCUCCAACAUGAUGAAGACCAACAUGGACAUCAUCCGAGACGGUCUGAACGCACAGACGGUGGACAUCUUCACCGAAAACAUUUUGAUUUGUGGUCUGGCUGGAUUCUCCGACUUCUACAAAGCUGAUUGGCUGCAGCACAUCCUGAAGCUGCAGGACGAGGAGGUCGGCUGCUUUGGGAGGGACAUGAACGUGGUCUCUCAGAUUAUUGGAGAUGAGCUGCUGGAGCAGCUGCAGCCCCACAGGAGGGUGAAGAGACGAGAGAAGGUCCUACCAGAUGGAUGUUCCAGUCACAUGACUGCCGUGGCCGUAGGUGCACUGGGUGGGUAUCUGAACUAUUAUUUGACCGAACAGGACAUCACCAAACGGCCGCUGUUGUAAAAUCUUCCCCUCAGCGUUCAUUCCCACUA